AUGUUCAGUAAAUUUCAUAUAAUUUUAGGUCAUGGAACUGAUAGCUCAACAAAUCCACCAACUGACUAUUGCGGCAUGAAAACAAUAAACCUAAUUUUGCAAGUUCUAUUACUUGUGUACUUUUGUAAUGCUCAAAGUGAAAUUUUUAUGAAAAACUUCUCCAAAUGGCAGAGGAAAUAUAACAUAACCUACUCGAAUCCAGCUACGUUUCAAAAAGCAUUUACACAUUUUAGAAUCAAUUAUAAAAGUACUUUACGUCAUCAACUUAAAUAUUACACAUAUCGAUCUGAUUUCAUCAUGAGACUUAAUAAAUAUGCAGAAUAUAACAAGAAGACGUUCCUUAAUGGAGCAAAAUUCAGUGAUGGACCAGCAACAAGUUUAUUUGCAGAGUUUCAGGAACCUGUUGGUAUCAGUCCAAAAGCUUUUAAUCUUCCAGUAUACCCUACACCGCCACCAAGCUUAGAUUAUAGGAAUUUAGGAUAUGUAACGCCAGUUGAAGACCAAGGAUAUACAUGCUCAAGCUGUUAUGCUUUUGCUGCAGCCUGUGGAAUUGAGGGUCAAGUAGCCAAAAAAUAUGGAAAACUUAAUUCACUGUCCUCACAAAACAUCCUUGACUGUUCUGGAAGAUAUGGAAAUGGAGGUUGUUUGGGUGGUUCCAUUGGAAUUUCAUACAAAUACGUCCUCGCAAACCAAGGCAUAGCUAACCAAACUGUAUAUCCUUACGCUGGAAAUGUUAACACGUGUGCUUAUAACUCUUCAAUACUAGCUGAAAAAAUAUUGGCUUAUACUUACGUCAGUGGAGAUGAGAAUUAUUUAAAAAGUGUUUUAGCUGCUGUUGGACCUAUUCCUGUUGGAAUGAAAGGAAGUUUGGACUCAUUUUAUUAUUAUUCUAGUGGAAUUUAUGAUGAUCCAAAUUGUGGUGGAUUUAUUGAUCAUGCUGUGUGUCUUGUUGGUAAAUUAUAG